AUGGAUAUUGUAAACGAAAUAUUAGAAAGAGAGCAGAAGAAAACAGAAAAAUAUAAGCCUAUCACAGUUGAAAAACAUUUGGAAUUGGAGUUUGAUAUUGGCACUUUGCUGGCGUCAGACACAAAUGACUUGGAUGUUAAAUCUUUGAAAUCAGAUGGUCAAAGAGAUACAUACUUACAAUCUCUGGCUCGUGAUAAUACGCAAUUACUCCUAAACAAAAUUUGGGAAUUACCUACAGAACGUAUAGACGAAGCUAUAGUUGUUAAGUUGCCACAACCCACUACCGUUUUACCCCGAUCUAAACCUGUUCCUAAACCAAAACCAUUAACUAAAUGGCAAGAGUUUGCAAAAUCUAAGGGUAUAACUAAGAAAAAGAAGGACAAACUUCAAUGGGAUGAACAGUUACAAAAAUGGGUACCACUUUAUGGUUUUAAGAAAGCAGCUGCAGAAAAAGAAAAAGACUGGCUAAUAGAAGUUCCUCAGCAUGUUGAUCCUAUGACAGAUAUGUAUGAAAAGAAAGCUGGUGAAAAAUCUGAGAAGGUUGCAAAGAAUGAACUGCAAAGGCUUAAAAAUAUAGCCAGAGCAAGAAAAGUGAAAAUUCCUAGAGUAGGACUUCCUGUAACUUCCGACAAAGCAUCUGCUACUCAGUUAUCCACAGCAGCCACAGUCGCUAAAGCGUCAACAGCUUCUCUUGGUAAAUUCCAAGAUAAACUACCUAAAGAAAAAGAAGCUAGAGGUAAAGGUAUCCAUGAGUUGAUUCCUGGCAAAGAGAGAAAACGUAAGGCUCCAGUACCAACUCCACAAGCUGAAAAAGAAAAUAAUCUGAACAUGAUUGACAGAAUUUUAAAUAAGAGACCUAAGAUUGAUAUGGAGAGGGCUGUCUCAAAACAUAUUCAUGCAGAGCAAGUACAGAGAUCAGAAGAGAAGAAAACGAUGAAGCCAGCUAAACUCAAGGGAAAUGGUAAAUCUAAAGGUAAAGGCAACCCUACAAAAUUCACAAACAAAAAACCUAAGGCUGGUGGUGGACAAAGAAAUCCAAACAAAAAGACUCCUGGUAGGAAAAGGAGG